AUGGUUGGUUUGUGGGGGGUGGGGGGUGGGGGUUGGUGUGAUUGUUAUUUUGUUGGAUUUUGGGGGGUGGUGGAGGGUUGUUGGGGUUGUGUGUGUGGGGUGGGGGGUUGGGGGGGGGGGUUUGGGGUUUUGAGUGGGGGGGUUUGUGUGUGGGGGUGUGGUUGGUGGUAUGUGUUGUUGGAUUGGGUUGGUGGGGGUGAUGGUGGUGGGUGGGUGUGGGGGGGGGGUGGGGUGUGUGGGGGUGGGGGGUGGGUGGGGUUGGGGUGUGUUGGUGGUUGGGGUGGUUGUUUGAGGUGGUUUUUGGUAGGGGGUGGUAUGGGUUGUUGGUAG